UGAAUGAUUUUACUAAUAUAUUUUGACCUUUGUAAAACAGAUGCCAAUCCGUACAAGAAAAAGAAGUACGAACAGCUAGAAAACGAAGAGAAUCUACGGCGCUGUCCUGUGGCUCUACUGGAAUUCUAUAAAUCGAAAUGUGUAAAGACGCGCAACAAAGCUUUAUACUUCCAACCAGAUAUAUCUUGUGUGCCCGAUUCGCCCGUUUGGUACUCCUCACAGCCGCUUAGCCAGGAUGCAUUGCAGCGAAUGCUGCAUCGAGUGAAGAUGAUUCAUGGAAUCAACCAACCCUAUUGACAACUUAAUGUAUAGUUAGACAGA